AUGAAUGCAUUUCAAGAAAACAAAUUAUUUGUUUAACAAAUUAAAUAAAAACAAGAUGAAUUUAAAGUAUUGAUUUAUCAGUUAAAUAGAAAACAAUUUAAUUUCCAUUUAAGAAAGAACCUCUUCUUUUAUAACAGCAUAAUUUUAAUUAAAUCACAUCACCAAAUUAAAGAAGAGAAUAGACUCCAAAUUAAAGAAAGGGAAAAAUAGAAAGUAUAACAAUAUUUUAUAAAAAUAUUUAGAUGAUAAUUCAUGUUCACCAACUCUUUUUCGUACUCCUUAAAUUAGUUUACAUUAUGAAUAAAAUAGAAAAUAAAAUCAAUUAAGUCAUAAUAGAAGUAGGAAUGAGAAUGUAUCAAAUUAUAAAGAAAGAAGAGAAUAAAAUAAUGAUUCAGCAACUAGAGAUUAUUCAAAAGUAUUAGAAGAAGUAAUGAAAAAAUAUAGAUAACUUAAAUCUGAAUUAUUGACAAAAGAAAAGGAAGUUUAAAAAACUAGACUUUAUAAGGAAGAAUGGUUAAAAGAAAAGGUUUAUAUAUUAGAAUAUAAUUUAAUAGAAACGUAAUGACUAAUUAUAAGAAAGAAACAAAAUCUUAAAAACGAAAAUGUUAAAAAUUAUUGAAUUAGUUUAAUAAGAUCAAUUAAUAUAGAAUGAUGAUUCGGAGGUAGUAUCAUUUUAUUCAAAUAUUAGUCAAUAGGGUAUAAUAGCUACUCUCUCAACAGAAAAUAAGUAUUUACGUCAAAUGUUACAUUUAUAUGAUGUUACAGAUAUCUCAAGUUAAUUGGAAUAACUUGAUGGAGAAUAAGAUUAAGAAGUUGUUUGCAUUGAUAAUAUUUUAAAUGUUUUUCUUGGAGAUUUAAAAACUAUUUAAAAAAAUAAAAGAGAAAAAAAGGAUAAUUAAUAAUUAGGUACAUUUAACUAUAUAUUUUGAAGGUUAAUUUAAUUCAUUGUCAUUAACAGUUUUGAACAAAGAGUCAAGCUUUGUUGAUUUAUCAGAAGAUAAGCUAUUAAUGGAAUAAUCAUGA